AUGCUAGUUGGCGGCGGGGUUGGGCUAAGCCUGAUCUCCCCUAAGGUGGUUGGGAAGCUACAGAUCUCUAAUGAAGAACUCAAGGACACGGGUACAUUCCAAGGAAUCAACCCCUGCAGGAGCCGGCCCAAAGGGAAGAUCACAUUGCCUGUAAUAUUUGGUGAGGAACUGGACUACCGGACCGAGAGGGUCGUGUUUGAAGUUGUUGAACUUCCUUUGCCUUACAAUGGGAUUCUUGGUCAUCUAGCUCUGGCAAACUUUACGGCAGCAUCCCACUAUGCCUACAACACUUUGAAGAUGCCAGGGCCGAUGGGCGUCAUUUCCGUCCCGUUAGAUAAGAAAAAUGCGGUCAUGUGUGUAGACAAGAUGUAUUGGGAUGCGGUAGCAGCUGAGGCAACUUAUGGCUGA